AUGUCGCCCAUGACCAAGGAGAAAGCCUCCCGAAAGUAUAUCGACUUGAUUAGGCGAGAGUGCUCUAAGUACGCUAACUGGCAGCCUUCAAAGAGGAUCGAGGUUGGCGAUUACGGAACAAUUAACCACGACACAGGCGAACUAGAGAUCGAGGGGAACGUUUACAGAGACUCAUUGUUCGCCGACGUCCUACCAGGUCUGUGUGGCGUCCCGACUUCGCACGAGCCGAUGCACCGCUACGUUGUGACCGCAAAGUCGGUGAAAGGCUACUCGUCUAGAAUCGAGCCCGGGGUAGAUGUCCUCACCUUCGGAGCUGCGUCAAUCAAGGGUGAAUGGGAAUUUGGCAACAAACGCGGUGCUUUGCUCAUGAUGUAUCGGCCUCGUAUCUCGAGCAUGUCGAACCAGCUCAUUCAAGCGCUUUCGAAGACCCCGGAACUAAAGGAGAAGUCGCUUGUCACUGAGACCUUCUGCUGUCCUGCAUAUUCCAUGUAUCUUUCGACCCAACAUAACGACAAACUCAGGCUCGAGCUGCGCGGAAUGAUACCCGCAGGGUCUACAGUAGUCACAGCUGGAGGCGGGGUAGCCAUGGAAUGGUGGUCCGACUACGGUGGAGGAAUGUACCAGGACGCUUGCAACGCCCAGGGGGAGUACUCCUAUGUUCCUCUCUAUCAUCUCAAGAAAAUACGCAGACCUCCAAUUCUCUUCCGUGAGAGUCCUGAGCCAGAGCCCGUCAAGCCUUUGGACCCGUGGAUCAAUCAACCAGCCCCAUGGGACAUCCUAGAUGAAGAAGGAUCUGAGUUCGAGGACAUCGUCUCUGAUUGA